AUGGCGGUGCAGGCUGUGCACCUGGAGGCUGACGCCUUCCUGGUGUGCCUCAACCACGCGCUGAGCACCGAGAAGGAGGAGGUCAUGGGGCUCUGCAUCGGCGAGGUUGACACCAGCCGAAUUGUUCAUAUCCAUUCUGUGAUCAUCCUGCGCCGCUCCGAUAAGAGAAAAGACCGUGUGGAAAUUUCACCGGAGCAGCUUUCAGCUGCUUCUACUGAAGCAGAGAGAUUGGCUGAAAUGACGGGACGUCCCAUGAGAGUUGUGGGCUGGUAUCACUCUCAUCCUCAUAUUACUGUCUGGCCAUCGCAUGUUGAUGUCCGCACACAAGCUAUGUAUCAGAUGAUGGACCAAGGUUUUGUAGGGCUUAUCUUUUCCUGCUUCAUUGAGGACAAAAACACAAAGACAGGCAGGAUUCUCUACACCUGUUUCCAGUCCAUUCAGGCCCAGAAGAGCUCAGAAUAUGAAAGGAUUGAAAUUCCUAUUCAUGUUGUCCCGCAUGAAACCAUUGGGAAAGUGUGUUUGGAAUCAGCUGUAGAGCUGCCCAAGAUCCUUUGCCAAGAAGAGCAAGAUGCCUACAGGAGAAUUCACAGCCUCACCCAUCUAGACUCUGUAACCAAGAUUCAUAAUGGCUCAGUGUUCACAAAGAACCUCUGCAGCCAGAUGUCUGCCAUCAGUGGGCCGCUCCUUCAGUGGCUGGAGGACAGACUAGAGCAGAACAAACAGCGGGUGCAGGAGCUGCAGCAGGAGAAAGAGCAGCUCCUGGAGGAACUAGCUGCUUUAGAGUGAAGGAGAAAAUGCAGACCCUUCAGAAAAGAGACAUGAAAAAGACUCUGCAAGACCUACUCCUGGCUGAAGGGUGGCCCUGCAUUGCCUUACAGUGAAGAUACUAGCUGUGCCUCUUGUCUUGCCCCAUGCAGCAAAGAGCACUUCUACAGGAUAAGGGCUUUAUCUGCCCCAGCUUGAUGGAAAGCAGUGGUAUGUCUCCAGGUGCUGCAUGAUGCAGUGCAAUUCUAGCUCAGUGGUGGGGUUGGGCAGCACCUGAAGAGACUUCAGUUCUGGAGGGCACACACCUAAGGGAGCAUGUUGUUUCUCCCUCCCCUAUGUUUUGACGGAAGUCUUACUGCUUUACAUCUCUUCCAGGAGCCUAGAACAGGAGGGUUAGAGGGGAAAAGUGUGUCCCUGCAGUCAUAUUUGAUGCUGCCAACUUCUGCCUUCUUUUAGUGGCUUCAGUUGACUGUGAUCUUAUAUCUAGUAAUGUUCUGGAUUACUGGUUAUCCACCCAGGCAGGUAAGAGGUGGGCGGGAAGCUUGGGAAGAGACCUGGAGGAACUUUGACAUAGGAUCUAUGUUCAGCAUACUUCAAACCAAAUAAAGAAUUCCAAAGCCAGAGCUGUUUGGAGUAGAAAUGAAAUGGAUACUACAGAGUGCCAGUGCCUGCAUUUUUUGGACAGUCUGUAGUCUCUUACUUCAUGUAACACUGUUGCAUGCCCAGCACUGAGGUUCUCUACAAAAUGGACUGUUUCUGCUGGCUCAGUGGGAGGAGUGUGGUUCCUUCCCAGAGGGAAAAAGGUGAGAACUGAUAGAUGUGCAAGCCUGUCAUUUUUACAUGCUGAACUUAAUUGCAGAAAUUUCAUUAGACUGAAAUGGAACAAAAUACCUGUUGUUGAACUAAUCCUUUAAAUGUUCUUGCUGUUGCAUUUCAGAGUAUCCCACAUCAUGUACAUCGUCAUCUGCAUUCUGUUAUGUGAAGUCUGUCUCAUGUGAGUGAAGGAACCAACAGCACAGUUAAAACUUCUGUUUCAGCUCUUUGGUUCUAAUCUAAAUCCUUACACGUUCAAGUAGAUGAAAAUGAGCUGCCUGCAUUACUGCAAUGGAGGUUGUGACGUUCCUGACAACUCAUUAGCUUGACUGUUGCUUUGGGAGAAUGAAAGUAACAUAGCUGAGAAAGAGGCACUCCCUUUCCAGUGAAUAGCCAAUAUUGAUUAGCAACUGAAUUGCUGUCAGACCUGGAAGCCCCUUGGCCAGCUUGUUUUUGUCAGACUUCACUUAUCAAUCUUUCUGCAUUGAUAUUAGCAAACCCCCAGACAGUAGAACUUCUUUGAAGUAAAACUCUCACUACUUUUUUUUUCCUUAAAAGUGCUAUGAAUAGUAUUUUUCUUUAAUUAGUUUUUGAACAGUCAGUGUCAUUUGUUCUGUUGUUUUUGUUAUUGUU